UGACAACUGACGUGCUGUUGUUUAUUUUUGUGUCAAAUUUCAAAUUAUAAUUAAUCUAAUCAUUCAGAUAUUGUUUUUGCGAGUAUUUUUUGCCACAAAUGUGAAAUAAAUAGUGUUUCUUAAAAAAAGCGACUUUGGACAAGGAGAAAUUCAAUAAAACAAUACUUAUAUUCAUUUUCCUCAAAAUGAAAGCAAAGUUCAGCACUGGAUACUUGACUCCUCAACUAAAAGCAACAAAACAAGUACCCAAAACUGGACGACCAUCCGGAUCAAAUGUGAAUUCAGGUAGGAUCGAGGGUAGAAUGCCUCAAAUAAAUGACAGUAUUUAUGAAAAGAUUAUGAGUUGUCCUUUAAAACGGAAACUGGUACUCAGUAUAAUCGAAUCUGAAAAGGAUAAUAUAGAAGAAUACAAGAAAAAACUAGCCAUGAAGGAAUCAAAGGAGAAUUCUGCAAGCCCUUUGAAUAAAGUACAAAAAAAGUACCAAUGUGAGAGUCCAACAGCUUUAUUGAGGAGGCGAGCUCUUGAGCAACAAAAUCUCAAAACUCCCUCUGGAAGUAAGUCUGAUUCACUUUCUAAUGACAAUGGAAGUCUCUGUGGAAGUAGAACUAGUUCUAGACAAUCUGUAGCAGCUCAUUCUCCAGUUCCUUUUGAUAAACUAUUGAAUGGGGUUGUUGCCUAUGUAGAAAUAAAGAGUAAAGACCAAGACCGAUCUGCUGGAGUGAAGGCUUUAACAAAUUCAAUGGGUGCAACAAUUAAGGACACUUUUACAAGGGAUGUCACACAUGUCAUUUUCAAGGAUGGAUCCUUCACAACAUACCAGAAAGCAAACCUGAUGAACAUUCAUCUCGUCUCUGUUCUUUGGCUAGAAGCUUGCAGAAGUAGUGGUAUGAAGGUUUCUGAAUCAAAGUUUCCAGCUUUGGGUACAGAUGCAUAUGAUCAUAAUGUAUCAUCAAUAUGCUCACAAAUGCAGAAGGAAUAUGAAGACAUAAUUAAGGAAGAAUAUCAACGCAGUAUACUAACAGGAACACCAUUGCCAUCUACUAAAGCUUUAAUUGAUCGUCGUAGAACAAUCAUGACUCCGAAUGUUUCAGCUACUCAUUACUCGAGAAAUAAUUUCUCGCAAGAGUUUUCUUCAUCGCAAGAUAAAGAAAUUGCAGAUAUAUUAUGUCGCGGACGUAGAACUCAAAACUUUUCGAAAAAUAUUCAUCAUGAAGUUGAAUCAUCACCUGAGCUUACGUCUGAUGACGAUUCUGAUAUGGUAGCUUUAAUUGACGGAAAAAUAAUAAGUACGAAAACGAAAAACGUCCAUAUUGCUGAAUCAUCCCUAGGUGAUCAGGUUGGCAAAACUUGUGAGAACUCCACAAUCCAUGAUUAUAUUAUUAAUGAUUCUAUGGAUUUGACGACAUUAGCAACAGAAGUCAAUAAUAUUUCUUCUAAAGAGAAAGUAUUUCCAAAUACUCCCGACGAUAUUUACAAUGUAAAGACACCAAAAAUUAUAAGUAGUAAAGCAAAAAGACCUACUACUGGAAAGGUCAAAUCUGGAAAGAUUCUUGACCGAUUGGCUUGUACCUCUGAAGUUGUUUCUAAAAAACGUAUAAGCAAUUCAACUGAGAAAAUUGAAAGUAGCAAGAAUGACACUAAAAUUUCUGAUGUUGCUUCCAAUGAAGAAAUGUCUUCCCUGCAACUAUCAUUUUCUCCUAAAGUGCAAAUUUUGAGUAAAAAUGUUUCUGUGGCCUCUCCCAAUAUUGUGAAAGGUGAAACCACCACUUCAAUGUCAACAUUAGAAAUUUCUUCAGAUACAACGAAAACGAGCGUAAGAAAGUCAACAAGUACAAAUAUGUCAUCCCUGCAAAUAUCCACGAAAAAUUGUGAUAGAUCAACAGAUACAACAAAAACUAGCGUUGGAAAGUCAACAAAUACAAAUAUGUCAUCCCUGCAAAUAUCCACGGAAAACUCUGAUAGAUUAUCAGGUACAAACAUGUCCCCACAGAAUACUACUGAGCUUGAAAACACAAAAGAGAAACAGAGUUUUUUGAACAAAACAAGCGUCGAAAGAGUAAGUGGAUCUAACAAUAAGAGUUUUAAUUCUGUUAACUCGUUCAGUCCACUUCAGCAGGACGUAAUGAAUAGUUUGUUGAAUCUGCUUGAUGACAAACUUGAGAAAUCACCAGAUAAUGUUACGAGAAGAAAACGUAUGAAUGUGAAAAACAAAAAUACAGAAUUGACAAAGUCCCAGAAUACUAAUAUUCCCAAGAAAUCUCAGGGACGAAAAAGUAUUCAAAAUGACAUAUCUAAUCAAAAUAUUGACCAAGAAAAACGUUACUCACGUAGAAAAACUAUCCAUUGUGUGAAUACAAGAUCGAAGACGCAAAAAACUGAAAAUGUUGGUAAAGCUGAUCAAUUGAAAUAUGGAAGUUCUUCUGAUUCCAGUGAAAAUGAGUGUAAUAAAAACCGUAGAGCACGUAAACUCUACAACCCCGAUGAUUCAAUUGGGGAACUGGAGUCGUCCGACGACAAAGAAAGAGAACAUAAGAGAUUAAAGGGCAAAAAAAGAAAAUCUGAUGAGGGUGUCUUCAUUCGCCCAAAUAUAGUUCCAAUCAAACCAAAUGUUUUCGUAUCACUGAGAGCAAAACAAUUAAUCGACAAGCGUAAUUUGAAUGUGGAUAGUAUCUUGAAUAAAGAACCUAGUGAUUCGAACUUGGAACCUCUCAUCUCUUUAGGUAAAAAGAAAGUUAAAAAGGGUAAAUCUACAGAAAAAGUUGCUAACAGUGGUGAUGAUGAUGAACAACGAGAACUAGCUGAAGAACUUCUUGCAAACAAAAAUAGAGUUGAAAAAAAUAUUGAGGUAAACUUGAAAACAUGUGAUAAAACACCUCGUCGUGAUUCUGAAAGAGAUUUAUCAAAACACACCAAUAUUGGUGACGAAAUUGAAAGCAAGGAUUCAAAGAAUAUCAAACAGGCACUUAGGCCUCGCAAAAAAAACAUUGGUGAUCAGAUAACGCCAAUUAAAUCUACUAGUGACGAAAAGGAAAUGAAAACUCCUCAAAAUAUUCACAAAGUGCCCAGAAGUGUUGCCAGCUUGCCAAAGAAAACUAAAUCCAAUAUCAAAACUACUCCACUCUCUAAGAAUAUUUCUCAAAGCGUUGGGCCCAACCAAAGAAGAUGCUCAGUUAGAAUGUCUCAACGAGUACUAAAUAAAAUUGAUUUCAACAGUACUCAAUCUAGUAGCGAAAGAACACCUUCGAGGAAUCGUAGGAGUUCGUUAGAGUUUCAGGCAAAAUCUACGUUGAAGAAGAAAAAUCUGAAGAUUGACAAGGCCAAGAAACCCAGCGUAGUGUGUACUAAGAUGCACAAAGACGACAUUAUGGUAUUCAACCAGAUAGUGCGAAAGCUAGGAGUUUUCGUUGUCGAAGAUGAAGUAACCAGUAAAACUACGCAUUUGGUCGCAGGCGAACCAAAGCGGACGAUAAAUAUGUUGAGAGCCAUUGCUAAUGGUUGUUGGAUCCUGAAGAAAGAAUGGCUCUUCAAAUCAUUAGAGGCCGGAAAAUGGCUCCCUGAAGAAGAUUUUGAGGAAUGUGACUUUUCUCCAAUAGUGCAGAAAAGUCGCAUGCAGAGGCAAGCAUUCGGCCGUACCUACUCGCUGGACGUUUUCCGCGAUUGCGGACCAAUAUUCAUCGCCAAAGAUACCAUCCCGAGGUGUUCAGACUUGCGGGAACUGGUGACAUCGUGCAAAGGAGAAGACGCAGCGAAUUCUAGAAAUGCCAGAAUCGUUGUGGGCCAACUGAUGAAGCAAGAUGGGGUGGUUUGCGUUACGGUAAAUUGGAUCCUUGAUUCGAUAACGUUGGGCAAAAGGAUGCCGUUCAAGAAGUAUAUUUUCGAAUCUAACAGACGCAGUAUUGCUGUUUAGUUUUAUUUUAUGUUGUUCAAGGUCUUGUAUAUUUUUAUGUGCCAUAUUCUGAACUGUACAAAGAACAAAGUAAAGCUGAAAGCGGGGUAGGUUGGUUAUGGUUGAGCGAUGACUUGCCAGGUGAAUUUCAUUAGCUCAGUGAAACUGUCCUAGUUUCCGAAAUAUGAUUACUUUCUUGGAAGUUGUGAAAAUCACUAGUCUUAUAAAUGUUUCUAGCACCUCCGCCAAAUUAUCUUCGAAAUUCGACUGUGCUAUAGAAAAUAUUCAGACACUUGUUUAUUAUUAACUCACUUCUUCAGCUUUGCAAAUUUUUGGUGUGAAAGAAAAGUUAUACUUUGUAAUUUUCUCAUUGAAAAAAGGCUAUUAUUGAUGUUUCAUCAUGGAAGGGGUUCAUUCAGCUUGACAUUGCUCUUUGGAAAACCCAUAUAAUAAUUGUACAAUGUAAAGAUAUGAGGAAUACGAAUGAUAACGUAUUCUCUUUAUACAUGUAUUUUGUAAGUUUUAUACCUUGUGACUUUUUAUAUAGUUUUAUAUGCGAUGUCUAUGGAAUCUAAUAUAUUUUUAGUUUAUAA